AGCUCAUCAAUAUUUGCAGCCGUGCACGGUGACCUGCAACCUUUCACUCGUCCAGCAUGUCCAUACAUUGUCAAUAAUUUUACCUUCUACCAAUCGCUGAGAUACCCUGGAUAUGAAGCAGGACAAACUCGGACAAGAACCACCAUCACCCAUAUACGAGUCUCAACCUCCGCCCUGGCUACCCAAGUCUCACAGGACUGCUGAUGUCGGAUACCCUGGUUUCCAUCCGCCCCGCCCGGGACAGGAUGAGGAUGUCUUGUCCGACAAACAUAUAAAGGAGGGCUUCAUGUUACCACUUCCUGUGCCUGAUGAGCAUCAAAGCGCUGCAGUUACAUUCCUACAGCAGGACGAGAGGGGAGGUCGCAUGUUCGACCAGAGCGUGCUCACAGACCUCGAGCACCUCAUGAAUGAUAUCUUUACUCGAAAGGCUGACAGUGCGGUACCUAUACAGUCAUCAGCAUUCAAGAUUCCUUCUCGAGUUACCAUGAGUGAUACCAAACGACAGACCUGGUUCGCCGAACUCGCAAAUCCCGAUGUCCCCUUGAGUAAACUCGGGAAAAGCGUUCCACAUGGCGCCAAAGGUCACGAUUUACUUGACCUUCUUCAUACCAACAACGUUGCCAUACCUCGUGCGGUCUGGUUUCUUCGAGUAUUCGGCGCCAACGAGACUGCUGGCCUGAGAAACAAACCGUCAUACAAUCCCACCCAGUACAGCGUAGAUUGGGCGAUAGUAGUAACAAGCUAUAUCAAGAAACAGCUUGCCGACAUUGCUCUACCGAGUGCACCUAGACCCGGAAUGAAUAUCAAACAGACAUUCAAAGGCGUCCUUUCUGACGCAGAAAGUCGCGACCGAUGGGUUUCCCGUUUCACAUACUGUCUGAAACUAUUGCGACCGUUCUAUGACGAAGGUCUCGUAGAUCAUCGCACUUUCCUUACAUGGCUCGUCCAUCAGAUGGCGGCCUGCAACCUUGCUCAAUCAGGAUUUGUAGCGCAUUUGGCUGAUGAGUAUCUGGAUGGAGUUCUUGAAAAGCGCCCACUCGCGAAGCUCCUUCUAGACGCGUGUAUCGCGAAAUUAAACGAAGUCAAGACGACUUCCGCUCAGGGUCACCUGAACAAGCUCGAAGAGAUUUUGAAAUCUCUGAUUCAGCGCACUUGUGUAGCCCUUCCAGACACAUUCGUUUCUCCCAGCACAUGGCUAGCGCAUUCAUCGCUCUUGUGUUCUGUACUUGCGGGCCCCGCUGAUAGCGGUCCUAGUGACUGUCGACGACGCGAUUUUCAGCAGUUGAUUUCGGAUAAUCUGAUGGAUAUCCAGCGUCGCAACGACGCUAUGCUAUUUCGCAAUCUCCCACCACGAAAACUCGAACGUCUUGGGUCCUUGGUGGUUGAUAUUCAAAUUCUAAAUUCGAUCUGCAGUAGCACGGACAUGUCCAGUAUAUUGUUUUUCUCUUCUCAAAUUCCUGAUUGCACAUCAAGUUCAAGUUUUGUCGACAAACUCGACACUUUGUUAACUUGGGCUGUGACGCCACUGCAGUAUGGCUCACAUCGACCGUACGCAGCUGUGACCUUACUCCAAGCACAUCACGAACGCAACGCACGCCGCGAACUAUCUUCAGCCACCCUUCACGACCAUCUCUUCGAUUGGCUGGACUCCAAACAUGUUGUCCGGGAGGCUGGCAAUCUCAGGGCAGUAGCGGGUCUGUUCGGGAAAUUGAUCAAGGGUGGGCUCUUUGAUUACGCAGCUUAUGUGCAAAGACUCGUCGCGAGAGGCGAGAGGGGACUCUCGAUGAGCGAGCCUGACGAAACGGCUUCCUUUCAUCGCAAGAUCCUUCGCUGGAUACCGUUACACAACCCGACAUCAUCUCUUUUAAACCAGCGCAAAGUUAUUGUAUACGGGACGCGUGCACGACAGACCCCUGAAGAUGUCUGUGAACGUGAGAUGCGAAGGGAAAUUCGUGCAAUUUUGCCACUUGUGUUUGGUGGCAACGCCCUUCCGCUUUCGGUUUCCAUGUCAUCUCUCCGAACUAGUUGUCCUACUGUGCUCGACGCACCAUGUUUUGAGCAAGUACGAACCUUCAAACAGUGGUUGCUUCCGAAUUUCCUUAAAUUUGCCUCAAGAUCGGGAUCACUAGACGAGAUCAGCGCUCUGAAGACAUAUAGUACAGCAGUCGAACUCCUCAAGUACACUCAUAACUACGGCUCCUUGCUGGAGCUGAGUCUCUCGGUCUUGUCCCAGACAUCCCACGCAGAAUUACUGACCGCCGUCGGGGAAGUUUUCCACCGCUUCGCAACUACAUGGACGGCAAUGAACGCCACUGGCAUGAUCACUUCCGCACUUUAUUCUACUCAUUUGCUUUUGCGAACGCAAGGGGGGAAAACCAGAUCCCUCCUGACCUUGCUUAUUGAAAUGGAUGAUGGGCGACAGCUAGAUGCGACGGCCAGAACUCAGGUGGAAAAUGACAUUGCGUCGUUCACACAAGCACUGGCUCCCAAGACAGACCACCCAGAGGUCGUACCGGCCGUCAUGCCCGAAAUUUUACUUCUAGCUGAAGAUUCCAAGCCGGACGCUCCCACGAUUCUCGCAAAUAGCCUCUGGUACAGGUAUCGUACGUCCGGAGACUGGGCAUGGAAAGUCUGGGACAAUAUUGUCGCUUCGUUACGCCAAGUCCCCGUCAUGAGCGAGGACCAACAGCGACGUCACACGUACGCACUUCGCUAUGGUCAAUUUCUACUCAACGUCGACCACCACCUUCCUGGUGGUAUCGAUAAUGACGUGCUCCAAUGGUUCCUUGGUACUGGCAAAAGUGAAGUGUUAGGAUUGACGCUCGAAACCUGGGAUGUACUUAGAGUCGUCCUUCUAUUCCUAUGCGUUCACGGAGCGCUAUCUACAACUACGCUGCUUCAAGGACUAGUUUACCCCGCAUGGCAACUGGGAGCCGAUGCAGGUCCGCUCUACCAGCCACAGAAUAUGGAGACUUUUAUUCAGGCAGCCAGUGAGCUUUUUGACGCGCUCGUGCUCCAGGAGGAGUGUUUUAUCAGUCCGAUUGUCCCACAAGAGCUCCUUGAUGCGCAACGGAUCCACACUUGGAGACAGGACGCCUUCCGGGAACCUCAUUUCACUCUUCUGGCCUGUAAUAUACCAAAUUUAGUGCUCCUGGAACACAAUAAUGUCGUUUCAGAUGGACUUCGCGGAAUUGCGCGAGACCUUCGCCUGCGGACAUGCGAGAGUCGCGACAUCAGGCAAUCAUGCUACCGCAAUCUUGACGCUGUCCGCAGGGGUUUUGAGCAUCCGAUUCAGUCGGGAAUGGUUGCAGAAACGCUCUGCGAACCGCUUGUCAACGCACUCAAAAUGAUUUUAAGUGAACCAAACGAAGAUACAGAUGUUAACUCGUUCUUAAGCACUAAGAUAUCAUCCGUUCUGAGUCCAUGCAGGCUCGCGGCAACUGCAGUUCAGCUGCAGUUUGGGCUGAGGCAACUCGGAAGGGCGCUUGCUUGUGAGUCGACGAAACAGGGUGCAAGUGCAUCGCUCGACAAAAUGACGUCUUUGAUCUUCCACCACUCGAUGGCCUCGGAAGAAGCAUACUUCAUCGCAGAAAUGGCGAGGGGCGUUGAUGGACCAGUGGCGAUUAAAUUUAUAAAUAACGGUUUCAAGAGUAUCGUUGAUAUUCUUAAUCAAGCCCCUGCCCCUACGACUCCCGAAUCAUUACUGGCGCGGGUUGGUCGUGCAAGUGAGGUGCUUCGCGUACUAUCACAUGUCUCAGAGCCCUUGCGAGAGGAAGGGACUGGAUUGGAUCUUGACGUCUCAACACAGGAGCGGCUUGCGAAAACAAUUCUGGAGUCGUUUCAAUUCGCAAACUCGUCAUUCUCCAAAGCACCGGAUCAUUCCCUGCACGUCCUCACCGAAGCUGUUAUCUUUCUAGCUCGGCUCCUUCAAUUUGAUCUCGGUUUCCCGGGGAUAUGGACGACACAGUUUCGAGCAACAUGUGAGAAGAUGGCGCCAGUUCUCUUUGACCUUGUCGUGAUUCAUGCAUGCGGUCCUGCACACGACGCCGUUGCGUUUGCGCUUCUUCUUGAUACUUUGUACUUUCUCAUCGACGAUCUUUCCUUGUACUCCAAAACGUCAUCGCCAGACCCAUUCAAGUAUCAUCCCACAAAACUUCAGUCACCCCAUCUUCAUUCCCUCCCUAGUUCACAUCGCGAGCGACUCCUGAGUCUCUUCCCGCAUAUCCGGCCGAAUGCAGUUGUUCAAGACCUCGCUCUCGCUCAUCGAGACAGCACAGGCCACCUCGUCUAUGGCGCACCCAUUCAGAACCGACCAUGGGAAUGGAUCGAGAACCUCGACAAAGAUGAUGGCACGAUACGAAACACUGCCUCACUGUCGCUCGAACUAUUCGGGACAAAGGCCACAGGCGACCGUUUGAUCGGCUAUGUACAUGAUGAAGAGCGUUGCAUACCAUCGAGACUGGAAAGUGUCUUCGAGGACAAACUAACGGCCGAGAGCAUCUUCCGUCGAGAUUGGCGUGAAACACGUCUUCCAGCGCACUCCGACGUCCGUGCUGGGGAGCGUGGGGUAGGAGAGGGAGUUGAUGAACUGGGCAGCCUGCCUACUUUCGGAUUGCAGAAGCCUGGGUCGAGAAGGGUGUCGCCUACCUCAUCCGUGCGUUCUCGCGGAUCAGGCAGCUCAGUACGUCGUAGUCCCGGGUCACACUCGGGCAAUCGGUCAGCUGUUUCUACAAGGGAAGGCACUGGGGAUAGUGGUAUUGGUUCUGGUCCCGCAGCAGGGCGCAAACGAAAGGCUUCGGCUUCGGCUUCUGUGGGUGAUGACGAUGAGGUCGAAAUAGUUGAGGGGCCCGUGCCAGCAAAUCCGAAGAAACCCAAAGUAAAGCAAAAACCAAAGAAAAAGUAGCUGCGUUUGUUACUGACUCGUCGUGGUUGUCUUGUUACAUUGUGGUAUAAUGGUGCUCUACAGUGCAGGUACUGUACCCUAGU